CAGCAGUAGCGUGUUUGCAAUGUGUGUGUUUAUAAAGUUGUUGAGGAGUGGGUGAAAUGAAAAGAGGUCCGGGUCGCAGGCUGCAGUUUGUCACCCGUAUCAAUGUUUUGUAGCCGACAGUUUAUUGGCACUUGAAGGACUUUAUCUUCAUUUCACCAUCAGCAGUGACUUGAACAUUUGUUGUGAGUUAUGACGUCAGAGGGGAAAUAUGCAGACACCAUGCAGGACCUUCUGUUCAUUGAGGAGAAUGAUGAGGUGGACAGAAACCCCACUGAAGUGAAGAUGAGUCAGAUUGUGCUACCGUGCCACGCCAAUCACUGUGGAGAGCUGAGUGUCGGACAGCUGCUGAAGUGGAUGGACUCCACAGCCUGCUUGUCAGCUGAGAGACAUGCAGGUUGUUCCUGUGUCACUGCAUCUGUUGACGACAUCCAUUUUGAACACACCAUAGGGGUGGGAAAAGUCGUCAACAUCAUAGCAAAGGUCAACAGAGCCUUCACGUCCAGUAUGGAGGUGGGUAUAUUGGUGAAUUGUGAGGACCUUUACACCGACAGGCAGUGGAAGGUUUGCCAUGCCUUUGCUACCUUUGUCGCAAGACGAACUGAAGCUGGGAAGGUACAGCUAAAGCAGGUGCUUCCUCACACACAAAUGGAGCAGAUGGAGUACAGCCUGGCAGCAGAGCGGAGGAGGAUGAGGCUCAUCCAUGCCGAGAUCAUUACAGACCUACUGAACAGCAGCACAGCUCAACUGGGAGAAUGCCAGGAGUACCAGGACGCUGUGCCGGCUGAGCGGACACGGGUGGAGAGUGUGGAGCUGGUGCUACCGCCACAUGCCAACCACCAAGUCAGCACCUUUGGGGGCCAGAUCAUGGCCUGGAUGGAGAAUGUUGCUACAAUUGCAGCAAGUCGCUUGUGUCACACUCACCCAACCUUGAGGAGCAUAGACAUGUUCCAUUUCCGUGGCCCGUCUCACAUUGGUGACCGACUGGUACUGAAAGCAAUUGUUAACAAUUCCUUCAAGCACAGCAUGGAGGUGGGAGUGUGUGCUGAGGCCUACAAGGGUGGAGAACCUCUGCGCCAUAUAAAUAGUGCCUUUAUGACCUUUGAGGUUCUGGACAGUGACAGGAAGCCAUGCACGCUGCCACGGAUACGACCUGAGCCUGUGGAUGGAAAAAGACGAUAUCUAGAAGCUGUUGCCAGGAAGAAGAUUCGCCUUGAUAGGAAAUACAUUAUCUCCUGCAAGCAAACUGAAGUGCCUGUCUCUGUGCCCUGGGAUCCAAGUAACCAGAUGUACCUGAGCUACAAUAAUGUAUCAGCACUGAAACUAAUGGAUGCCAGGAACAACUGGGUAUUAACUUUUGAGAAAAACAAGGUCAGACUGUACACACUGGAGGAAAACCACAUGCUGUGUUUCAAAGUGGAGAUGCACGUCAGCGUACCGGCAGAGCAGACGUUCCACCUACUCUCGGACCUGAGCAGGAGAAAGGAGUGGGACCGACACUAUGAGGAGUGCGAGGUGAUCAACCAAGCAGACGAGGAUGACACCCUUUAUCGUGUGGUUACACCGUCUGUCACUAAAGGUGGCAAAGGCCAGGACUUUAUCUUGCUGGCAUCCAGAAGAAAGCCAUGUGACGCCAGAUCACCUACUACAACCAGGCCACACCAGGUGUCCUCCCCUACAUCUCCACAGACAUUGCUGGCCUGUCCUCCAGCUUUUCCAGCACCUUUUCUGCUUGUAGUCACUUCCUGGAGGCCAACAAGGACAGCCUGGCUGCUCUGCCACACUCUGCACGGUGACACAACAGUGCUGCCAUGGUCUACCUACAAGAGGACCAGUAGCAUCAGUAGGAAGGAUUCAGAUCACUAUUGUCAUCCCAUUUCACCUCUGUUGUGGAUGUGCUGUGCUCUAAGAGCCCAUACUGUAGUUGAAUGUCAGUGGCCCACCCUGAGAUUACAAUCGUUUUUGCUAUGGAUUUGUAGUUUCUUUCACUUAUUUAAACCUCAGUUCUCACUGUAUGACUUUGUUCAUUCUGGGCAUGGGUGAAAUUGUCUUUUAAAAGGAUGAAAAUAUAAAGAACUUGCUACUUGUUUUCAGCAAGAUUAAUAGGUAUGAAGCAAGACUGCACAAUGUUUCUCUUGGAUUUUAAGCCUCUUAUGUUUUAUUAGAGCUAAUAUAUUGUGAAACACUCUCUAUGCUAAUUUAUAGAUCAAUGAAUCAUAUUGUGGUACAUAGGUUUAAGUAUUUAACACAACCUUAGCAAUCUAUUAUCCUUAGACAGCCAUGUUUUUAAUGGUAUUGCCAGUGUUUUAGUCUCAGCCGAGAUGUUUCAAUCCGCCUCUUUAGUUGAAGUUUCUACCUCCUAAAUAAAGUUUUUAAGCUGUUUGAUUAAGACUUUAACUAUGAGUAAGCCAGGAUGUACAAAUAGUGUGUAAUGUUGCCGUUUUAUUUUGAGACGAUGUAUAGUUUUAGAGGAUGACUCUUGCACUGAUUGUAUGAUAUGUUGAUAUUCAGUGGCCAAGUAUCUCACAUGUCGAGCUGUCUUGAUUUGAACUGAAACAAUAAAGACUAUAGACCAGUGGA